AUGAUUCUUGAACACUUUUUGCUACUGGCGGAGCAGGCGAUCGUUUCAAUGCUCAUGUCACCGUUAACGAUUCGGCUUCGCUCGCCUAUUCUAUGCUGCGGUGACAUUCAUGGUAGCUUUGCGGAUCUAAAGUUUAUUGCUGACAAUGCGGUGCCGUUUCGUCACUGGUCACUCAUGACAACACCGGUGCUUUUCCUUGGCGACUACGUGGAUCGCGGCCAGCAUGACGUGGAGGUCGUCUUGUACCUGCUCUCCUGGCAAGCGCUUUGUCCGGAGACAGUCAUCCUUUUGCGUGGCAACCACGAGGAUGAGGAGGUGAACGGGGACGUGGAGUCGUACGGCGAUUCCUCCUUCCGCAAGAAGUGUUGGGACUUCUUCGGCGGCGACGACGGUGAGAUGUUUUGGAGACGCGUGAAUGACGUCUUCGCAACUCUCCCCCUCAUUGCGAUCAUAGACGGGACCAUUUUUGCGUGCCACGGCGGUAUUCCGCUGCUGCGUGCCGACGCGGAGCGCCCUGAAGCCGGCGAAGGCGGCCCGCGGGCGCCCCAAGAGGGGCAGCAGGCGCGUGGGGCGCAGAAAUCGGGGGAGAAGGAGCGGGCGGGGGAAACGCCUGCCGCCUCGUCUCCCGCGAAUGGCGAGACAACCGGCGACGACAGCACUCCACACGAGGAUUUUCUGCGGUUUCUUCUGAACGGCACCUCGAGUGAAUUGAGCGACCUUCGCUUUCGUUGCGUGAUGCCGGUUAAGGAUGACGACACCGUGACCGCGCAGUACCGUCGACUUGUGCGUGAGCUGCUCUGGAACGAUCCCGUGUCGGCCUCUUCCGUGGCGUGCGACACCCCGCUAAUGCGAAGUGAGGAUGAAAACGAGAAGCAGACCUCAGAACAGCAGGUGCGUCGCCACGACCAGUUUGACGUGCAUGGCUUUCGCAGCAACAUUGGACGAGGGGAUGAUAGGAACACCAUUCGCGAGUUUACUGCGUCUGCGCUGGAAUCUUUUAUGCGGCGCUGGGGAUUCACAAUGCUGAUCCGUGCGCACCAGCAGAAGAUGGCUGGACUGGAGAUGGGCUUCUCCGGCCGCGUCAUAACACUUUUCUCCUGCUGCAACUACCUGGACGACAAGAACAGGGCUGGUGCCUGCAUCAUUCUGAAUGAGGAGGUGCACCCCGUCUCAUGGCGUCGGAGUGUUGUAUGUUGUGCCGCGGCGGGCAGGCCUCAACUGCAGCGGGGGCCUGCGGGGUCUGGCGUGUGGAGUUCCGGCUCACUCCCUGAAAGCCUCUCCAGUACCACAGAUCGCUUCCUGGAGAAGCCGCUGGUGCCGUCCUACGUGGGGUCGGCGUUCGUGAGGGUUGGGUAA